AUGGAUAGCUAUAUUGUAAUCUCGUUUGUUGGGGAAGGAUCAUUUGGUCGUGUUUUCAAAGCUAAACAUAAAGACACCGACGCUGUAGUAGCUUUGAAAGUUAUACGAAAGAAAGGCAGGUCAUCAAAAGACUUAAAGAAUUUGAGGCAAGAAUGCGACAUACAAAGGCAGCUAAAUCACCCAAACAUAAUUCGUAUGAUUGAUAGUUUCGAUACAGAAUCUGAACUAGUAGUUGUGACAGAAUAUGCUGAAAAAGAAUUACACAGCAUACUUGCUAAAGAGGGUUGUUUAAAUGAAGAGAUUGUUAAAAAAAUUACCUGGGAUUUAGUAUCUGCAUUAUAUUAUUUGCAUUCUCACAGAGUUCUGCACAGGGAUUUAAAACCACAAAAUGUAUUAUUAGAUAAUACAGGACGAGCUAAGCUGUGUGAUUUUGGACUCGCUCGCAUUAUGACAAAUGCAACUCACAUCCUCACAUCAAUCAAAGGAACACCAUUAUACAUGGCUCCGGAAUUAAUUGAUGAGAAACCAUAUGAUCAUCAGGCAGAUCUGUGGUCGCUGGGGUGUAUUGUUUAUGAACUAAUGGCUGGUCAACCUCCAUUCUGCACGAUGUCCAUCUGGCAACUGGUUAGAAUGAUAAGACACAAGCCCGUUCAAUGGCCUAGUUUUAUCAGUCCUGAAGCUAGGUCCUUUCUGCAGGGCUUACUUCACAAAGAUCCAGCAAAAAGAAUGAGUUGGCCUGAAAUACUAGAACAUCCGUUUAUAGCGGGUCAUGUGUUGAUACUGCCUGAGGACAAGCAAAGUGACUCGCCCUUCACAAAACCACUCUCCUGCAGCCAACAGGAAGCUAAGUUUUUACAAACUGAGAAAAUAAGUAGAAAUACAAAGCUUGCUAACAAAAGUAUAAGAGUAGAGAAUGAAAUUAAAGCUGAGAGAAGGGAACACGAUUUAAGAAAUGUACGUGGUGUCAUGCAAGCUAUGGAGUUUGUUCCAAUGUCAGAUGAUGACAGUGUAAGAGCGACUAGUGCAUUUAGUGUGCGAGACAGUUUAAAAACGGACGAUGAAGACCAAACACAACCAAUAACAGCUGCAAACGCUAAACUACUGAGGCACGAAUUUAGUGUUAUGAAUAAUUCAAAUCUAGUUGUUUGCAAUCUUGAAAAAAAUCUAGCUCAAUUAAUGGCUAAUCCUAAAAACGAUUUUAAUAAAAUGCAUAAAAUUGAUGAAGAAAAACAAGAUAUACAAAAAGAAAUUACAAAAGAAGGUGAAAUUGAAACUCGAAGCGAGAAAGAAGAAGCGUUGGACCUAAAACAAAAGUCCAAAGCAUCGAACACUGCUUCACAGAGCUUAGAAAAUCCAAAAAGUUCUACAAAAUGCAGUAGUGAAGUUAGUUCUGGGUUAAGUAAAAGUGUUCCACCUUCAUACAAGCAAAAAUUAUUGCAAUUUUCAAGAGAAAAAUUAAGAUUCGGUAGCGGCGGCAACAAAUUAACAAGGAGUAUCAAAAGAUCAUUUCACUUUAGUAGGAGUUUAGACAAAAACAAGGAUGCUCAAAGAAGGAUUAGUGAACCUACAAUAGAAAUACCUAGUAUUGUUGAUAAGAUGCCUGAAACAGAUAAAAUAAAAUAUUCUAAGGAGGAUAAGGAUGAAGAUAUAGAAAAAUGCGAAGUUAUUGAUGAGAGUCCUGAUGACAAAGAUAUUGCUAAUAAUGAUUGUAUUGUGAAAAAAGAGGAAAGACAAGAAGAUAAAGAACCAACGAGCAUAGAAUUAGAAGAGUGGGAAGCAUUUUUAAAUUCAAAUAUAAUAGAAGUUAUGGAAGGAGACGUGGAAUCAUUAACACAGUUGAAUAUGGUGAGCAUGGUGGUGGGCGUGGUGUGCGCGGCGGCACGCGGCGCGGGCGGCGCGCGCGUGUGCGGCGCCGUGGCCGCGCUGCUGGCGCUGCCGCCGCUGGCGCGCGCGCUGCCGCGGCACGCGCUGCUCGACAUGCAGGACGUUUAUCUCGAAGCGAAAGUUGUUUACAACUUUGUGGCCGCAAUAAACACGCUAAUGAAAGACAGGAAAGAUACCGACGAAGGGGUCGAAGAAAGAGUGCAGGGCGUGAGUCGCAUGGUGGAGGUGUGCGCGUGGCUGUGUGUGCGCUCGUGUCGCGCCGUGCGACAGUUCGCGACGGCGGUAGCGGCGUACAACGCGCACCCUGUCUUCACGAAUUUACUCGCUUUGUAUUCCAAAACGCCGCGAAUAGGACUGAAUAUAGUCGGUAUACUAAUAACAGUUCUGCAAGAUUUACCAGAACAUGCUGAUGUAGUAGAGAAGAUAUUGUUUGAUGAUAAUGAUUUUAACUUCGUGAAACUUCUAGAACAGUCUAGUGAUGCCUUCAGGAUGAGAGUCUGCAUUUUAAUAAGUUUGCUUUGUACAUUUUCAUGCACAGCGUUCUCUGCUGCGAUGGAGACGAAAUGGACUAGAAAAGAAACUGAAUCUCUUGAAUCAUUACACACUCAUUGUAAUGUAACUUUAAACAGGGCAGCUAGAUUAGCUACUAAAGAGCUCAGUAAUAUGCCGUUUUAUUUGAGCUGAUCGCUCCAAAAGUAAACUUGAAAUAUGAAAUGAUAAAGGAUUUUUUUUUUUUUUUUUUUAUUAAUUUCCCCCAUUACUUAAUUCACUGGAAACUGAAUAAGAUUGGGUCUAAACCAGGAGAGAAUAGAAGGGGCCAACCAGCGUAAAGAAUACGAGACUUACGUAUUUAAAACGCCCAAAAAUUUCAGAAGAUUGCUCAAGCUUAGAAAAGUACAAAUGUUUUGAUAAAAUUGAGGUUAUGUCAUAUAUAAUUGUUAAAUACCCAAAAUCUAUCGGAACGUUAUCUAAAAGUAAAAUAAUAUAUCAAAACUUCCUUUAAAAGAUUUUAAAGCUUAAAAAUUGGUACUAUUUUAAAUAUUCAACAAUCAGCAAUAAUUAUAAUACCGUUAUGCGUACCAUUGCGUAAUUUACGUAACUGUCUACGCAUUUGUAUUUUACAUAAUAAUAAAAUGUUAUUAGUAUAAUGCUGUACGGGAUACCAUGAUCGAACUAUCCCUACAACAGCUUACUACGUAAUAUUUCAAUUACCAUAAUAUUCAAUCAUAUUUUUUAAAGUACUUAGGCUGGGUUUAGAAAAAAAAAUCAUGUGUUUACAAAUUAUUCCAGUACUUACUAAGAAUAUAACAACGAAGUAUUUUGCAUAUAUGUGUGUAUAUAUGUAUAUUUUAAUUAAAAUCUGAGAAGAAUACGAAAAGACAGAAAGUUUUGAAUCAAAGAUAUUUCAACUAUAAAUUGUCGACUUUCUUAUUCAGUGGUCAUUGCACCCGCUAAGUCGGAACAGAAGGUUUAGGGUGAAAGGGUUCGAUAAAGUGUAGCAGUUCUACGAACUAAUUCGUCAGCUUAAAUUACGUACGUUUCUUAUUAAAUUGUAAAAUUUUAAUACAUUGAAUGCGAUUUUAAUGAAUUUUUGUAGUAUCAAAUUUUAAUGGUUGUCGAAUUUAUAAAUUCAAAUUUAUGUACCUACUUACACUUUUUGUACUAGUAAUACAUCUCAUUUAUAUGUUAAAGAUGUCGUGCCAUAACUACUUAAAGUAAAUAAACAAGUACGUUAUAUG